GAAUGUGAAUCAGUGAAACACUCAGCAAAGCACAGCUUGAAAGAACAACCGAUUUCAAAUAAAGGCCCCAAGGAAUAGGAAAACACUUCUAUACUGAAUUUUCUUCCAACCUAUACAGAAGGAUUUGUUUUGAAACCUGUUUUUUGGAUUAUCUGAUACAAAACUUUUGGAUUAUAGUUUAACAUGGCAUCCUAUUUAAACUGGAACUAUCAUCUAACGGUAUUACUUAUUCUUGUUACUUGUCUCACAGCGGAACCUGAUUUGGUGACAAUAGACUUACAGAAAGAAAUGGAAGUAGGGACAACAUACAAUAUCACCUGCAAUGUUAAUAACGUGGCUCCUGUACAGGAUCUUAUGGUGAAAUGGACAAGAGAAGGGGAAGAGAUCAACACUAAAUCGUUUAAACAGGAGACCAAAAGGGGAAUAACUAAUGUUUCAGUGACACAUGAAAUUGUGGCUCAGCGAAGUGACAAUCUUCAGAACUUCUCCUGUAGUGCCUUACUAAAUGUGGAUAAAACACGCAUUACAUCUUCUAGUGCAACAAUUAGGACAUAUGAUUUAUCUGCAGAACCUCAGAUCCUCAUAAAAAAAUGGAUUCAGAAAGGAGAUACAGUGCCAGCAACAUGUAAAAUUACAGACACUUUCCCCGCUGAAAAUGUUAAAAUACAAAUAUUAUUUAAUAACGCUGAUGUCCUUGUGAGAACCGAGCAGGAAGCAAAUGGCACAGUGCUGGGACACGCAAAUCUAGAUAUGAAUCAUUCUGGAAUUUAUGAUGUUACAUGUCUUGCAAGCUUACAGGGCCUUUCAAAGAAAACCAAUGAGACUGUAAAUGUUUAUGAGCCCUUUGAAGUCUAUUUGAAUGUUUCCAAACCAACCACUUUGCUCAAUGACUCUGUACUAGUAGAGUGUGAGCUAAUAAAAGGAAACGCAGAGCUCUACAAUAUAGAGAUCAGAGUAAAUGGGCAGAAGAAGUGUAAGGUUGGAGAUCGCCCAUUUGUCGUCUGUAAUGUUACAGCAGACAGACGAGUGCCCAUGGAAACCAUAGAAUGCGAAGCUCAUCUCAAAGGAGAUCCAGAUAUCAAGUCGGUUGCAAAGAAAAAUGUUAUUGUGCAUUAUUCUCCAGAAUUCAGAGAGGAUUUAUGCAAUAACUUUAUUACCCUAACAGAAGGAAAAGGAGCAAUCCCUUGCAAAGCUGAUGGAAACCCUCUCCCUAAUGUAACUUGCUAUUUUGGUAACUGGUCUGUCAUGGCUGGGACAUUAAUAGAGGUCACAAGGAAUCUAUCUGGGACAUUUAGAUGUGAGGCUUCAAAUAAACUGGGGACAGCUGAAAAAUCUCCAACUCUUUCAGUACAAUAUCCUCCUGACAAACCAAGUUUAGAAAUAAACCCCUCUACAAAUAUUAAAAAAGGAGAUACUGUCAACCUAACAUGUCAUGCAGAUGCCUAUCCCAAAGCAAGCUAUACUUGGGACUUCCCUACAGCUGACAUCAUUUACUCUGCAGAUCAAAGCACAAUUGUCAUUUCAAAAGCGACAUCUUCCAAUGAUGGAACCUACAUCUGCCGUGCUUCAAACACGCUCGGGACCAGACAAGAACAAAGGAGUAUAUUAGUAACUGAUGUUACUUUAUAUUGGACUUUAGUUGGGGUUGGUACCGCUUUAGGUAUUUUCCUCAUUACGAGUCUGGCAGUUUAUUACAUAAUGCAACAGUAUAAAAAGGGGACUUACAACUUACUGAAGUUUAAGCAAAAGAAAAAGUGCAAUGAGGAUAUUCCAAUGGACCCUUUUCCCAAAGAAACAAAUCAAGCAUGCUGAGAAGAAGCUGGGUAUAAGCAAAUUCAAGGACUUCUAUUUUUUUGUGACAUUUAGUUUCAGUUUGAUCUUGCCAUGGAAAAUGACAAUGUUCUUACUUCAGACAAGGGCCUCCUUUUUGUGGACUUUACAAGCUCCGUCUUCAUUGUAUUUAUCUUCCUGUAUUUAUGCCCCUCUAAAUGAUAUCACAAUUUGUACACACGAUUGACUGAUUAGUUUUGCUACACAGGUGUUGUGGUUUAAUCAUGUUGAUUUGGUCAUUUUUGUAUGUUUUAUGUACCUGUAGGAACACAGACAAAUGGAUAUAAUGAAAUAAUUAAAUGGACCUGUAAGCUAACAUUUUUCUUUCAUAACUCAGAUAGAACCUACAGUUUUAACCAACUUUCCAAUUUAAUUAUAUUAUCAAAUUUUAUCCAUUCUGUUUUUUUCCUUUAUUGGAGGAUCAGCAAUGCACUACUGGGAGUUAGCUUAACGCAUUAGAUGAGUCAAUGACAAGAGACAUAUAUUUGCAGCUACCAAACAGCAGUUAGCUCCAGCAAUUGCAAUGCAGCUCUUGAGUCUUCCUAGGUAUGCUUUUCAACCAAGGACACCAAGAUUAUUAAGCAAAUUAGAUAAAUGGGGUAAACUAGAAAGUUAUUUAAAAUUGCAUAUUUCCAUCUAAAGGGGAGGAGAAUACACGGCUUCAUUCAUUACUAUUGGGAAUUAAGAACCUGGCCAUAUUAACAGCUCCUACAGUAAUCUGCGUUGACGAGUUUCGCAGACUGCUUUCUUCUCUCAAAUCCAUGUCAGGAGCAAUGCUACGACCUGUCACACUUGAAGGGCUGUGUUCCUGUUCCACGGUAUAGAUUUUGGUAAGAUUGUUUAAUUUUUUAUUACAUAAUGAUAACACAGAAGAUAGGGUCACAGUGUGGCGCCUUUUAUCUUUGUAGAAUCAAGGGUUAAUAUUCCUGGUAAGGGGAUUAUUGAACAGGGAGGGGUUUAUACAGGAUUGUGUUUAUUGUGUCAUUGCUGCGUUUGUGCGGGAUGAGGCUCUGGCAAUGUGUGGAACUGUCAGGUUCAUUUUCGGGAGUUUUGCGCAGACUUUUUUUGGCGUGUUUUCUCCUUAGGCAGGGGCGGUCCUGCGAGGCAUUCCAUGUGACUGGGUGGGGCUUCUUCACUUCCUGUCUGAUCUGCGACGGAGGAGACAAAGCGGUUUCUGUAGUCUGGGUCAUAGGAGGUGGUGAGUGCCCCGGCCAUUGGAGGUUAUAAAGGUGCCUGUUAUUUUCUAUUCAAUCCUAAUAAAAGCUAUGGAGGAUUCUGACACGUUAUAGGGUACUCCCUCUUUUACAAAGUCUCAUACCUGUGUUUAUUGUGAGGUUCCGGUAGACCAGCCUGCUCAACUAUGUUCCACAUGCCUUGAUAAAGUUGCAACAUCUAAAAAUAAAAGAAUGUCCAGUACUACUGAGCCGUCCACCUCUGAGGGUUCUCCGUCCCGUGAGGUGUGUUCCCUGCUUGCUCUCCCCCAUUGCACAUGCAGCGCCCCAGAGUCCAACUGUUACUCCUUAGGGAGAGAUUUGUUGGCCGCCAGAUUUUGCGGAUCAACUGCAAACAGUGGUAUCGAAGCGUAGGGCAUUUCAGAGCGGCCCAGGAGUUGUCUGCGCCCAUGGAAACUUCUGAGGGGUGGUACAAUGACGAGACCCAUGUCAGGUUAGGAAAUGUCCAGAAGAAGACCCAAAUGCUAGGGUGAACUUAAACAACACCCUUGCACUUUACCCUGAGUUUAAUCCAGGAUGUGAACCCACGACAACCUCCAAAAAACAAUGUACUCACAAUAUGGAGCAGGGUUAGCCUGUGUCCAAAGUAAUUCAAGAUAACAGCCAGAUAGACUUCUGAAUAAGGAACUGGUUUCAGGAAAUGUCUUCCACAGAAUCAGGAGAGCAGGGAUAGUCCACUUAUACUCAGACAGAAGAAGGGUAAAACAAGAAACAGUUAAUAAUGCAGGAGUAGGUAAUUUGUUAUCAGGCAGUUUGAGGGUUAACACUGUGUAGUCAGUCCUUGCAGAGUUUGCAACAGGUUAUCAGCCAGUUUGAGGGUUAACACUGAAUUGUCAGUCCUUGCAGAGUUUGCAACAGGUUAUCAGGCAGUUUGAGGGUUAACACUGAAUAGUCAGAACUUGCAGAGUUUGCAACAGGUUAUCAGGCAGUUUGAGGGUUAACACAGAAUAUUCAGUACUUGCAAAAUCUGGCAACAGUAUAUCAGGUAGUUUGAAGGUUAACACAGAUGAAUCAGUAAUUGCUGAGUUUGGCAGUAGGUUAAAAUGCAGUUUGAGAGUUUCACAGAAUAAACAGCAUUUGCAGAGUUUGGCAGCAGGUUAAAAAUGCAGUUUGAGAGUUUCACAGAAUAAACAGUACUUGCAUUGUUUGGAAACAGGUAAUCAGGAAGUUUGAAGGUUAACCCAGCAUAGUCAAUCCUUGAAGAGAUUGGCAACAGAAAAUCAGCAGUUAGAGAGUUUCCACAGCAAAUUCCUCACAGAAGCCACAAAGAGGAACAAACAAACGGGCACUGAAGAAACAGGAAGCCCGGAAUAAAAAGCCUGGUCGUGACAUCAUCAGGAAGGGGCGGCUCAGACUACCUGUCAAUCAAGCACACAGAAAGGACUGCCAGAGCUUCCCAGCGGCCGAGCAUGACAGUGCCCCCUCCUCAAGGACCCCUCCGGGGGACCCGACCAGUCCUGGCAGGGUAUUUCUUGUGAAAACACUUGGCAAGAGCUGGAGCAUGAACAUGAGAGGCCGGUUCCCAAGAUCGUUCAGAGAUAGGAUAACCCUUCCAAUGGACCAGGUAGUACAGCCGAUUGCCCCGUAGCUUGGAAUCCAGAAUCUGGCUGACUUCAAACUCAGAAGUUCCCUCUACGGAAAGUGGAGGAGGUGGUUUACUCUUGAUAGAGUACCAAUUGUAGAUGACUGGCUUGAGUAGGGAGACAUGAAACACUGGAUGGAUCUUGAGAGUCUUGGGUAAGGCCAGGCGGUAUGCAGAAGAACAAACUUUGGAAACAAUUCGAAAAGGUCCAAUGUACUUAGGACCCAACUUAGUACAAGGUUGUUUUAGACGUAUGAAUCUGGUGGAUAAAAAUACUCGGUCUCCAGUACGAAGUAAAGGAGCCUUGCACCUUCUGCGAUCAGCAUAUUUCUUAUGUCUUAAGGAAAAACAAAGUAGAUUUUGACGAAUGAGUUGCCAGUGGUUACUGAGAUUUUUCACUAUACAAUCUGCUCCAGGGACUUUAGUAGAACUGGUAAUCAUAGGAAAGGUUCUAGGUUCAAAACCAUAAGCUGCCUUAAAGGGAGAGGUCUGUAAUGAGGCGUUAUAACGUGAGUUGUGAGCUAAUUCCGCCAAAGGCAAUAACUGAGACCAGUUGGAGUGGUGAUGGUCUACAUAAUGUCUAAGAAAAGAUUCCAAGGCUUGAUUUACAUGCUCAGUCUGUCCGUUGGAUUGAGGAUGAUGUGCAGUAGAAAGAGAUAUGUUGAUUCCGAAAUGUGCUUACAAAAAGUCCUCCAAAAUUUGGAAACAAAUUGGACUCCACGAUCUGAGACUAUGUCAGUGGGAAAACCAUGUAAACGAGAUAUAUGUAGAACAAAGAGUUCAGAAAGUCUUUGAGUUGAAGGCAAGCCUGGAAGAGGUAUGAAGUGAGCAGACUUGGAGAACCGAUCCACCACUACCCAAAUGGUCGUAUUUCCAGCAGAAACAGGAAGAUCUGUAACAAAGUCCAUGGAUAAGUGAGACCAAGGGUAAUGAGGAAUAGGAAGAGGGUGUAAUAGACCAAACGGUCAAUGAGAAUAUUGUUUGUUCGAAGCACAAGAACUACAAGCAGCAAUAUAAUCCUUAACAUCCCUCCUCAUAGUGGACCACCAAACAUGCUGCUUCAGUUUCCACAAAGUAUUGGUUACUCCAGGAUGACCUGCUGAAAUGUUGUCGUGAGCCCAAUGUAGAAGCUUAAGACGUAAUCCUUUAUUAUUAUCGGUUAUUUAUAGAGUGCCAACAGAUUCCGCUGCGCUAAUCCUUUGGGUACAUACAGGAUACCAGAAGGUAGUUUGCAAGAAGAUGGUACCCGGACUUAAGCAGCAUGUAAAGCCUGUACUGGAAAAGAAGAUACUUGAGCCAAAACAUUGACUGGACUUAGUAUAGGUUCAGAAUCCAAUGGAGAAGGUUCAGAAGAUUGGAACUGCCUAGAUAAAGCAUCUGCUUUGGAAUUUUUUGAACCAGGAACAUAGGAAAGUACAAAAUUAAACCUGGAGAAGAACAAGGCCAACCGAGCCUGACGAGGAUUGAGACGUGUAGCUGUUUGAAGGUAUAAAAGAUUCUUGUGAUCUGUCAGAAUGAAAAAAGGUUGACUGGUACCCUCUAACCAAUGCCUCCAUUCUUCCAAAGCUAAUUUUAUAGCCAAAAGCUCCUUAUUGCCCACAUCAUAAUUUAACUCGGCAGGAUUUAAUUUUUUCGAAAAGAAUGCCACAGGAUGUAUCUUGCUGGUAGUCGGAUCACGUUGGGAGAGAACAGCUCCAGCUGCUAUAGAGGAAGCGUCAACCUCCAAAAUAAACUGGAGAUCAGGAAUUGGAUGACUUAGAAGAGGUGCAGAAGAAAAUGCUGAUUUUAGCGUUUCAAAAGGCUGUACUGCCGAAGAGGACCAGUUCUUACAAUUUUGCCCUUUCUUAGUAAGAGAAGUGAGUGGAGACAUGAUGUCAGCAAAGUUCUUUAUAAACUUUCUAUAGUAAUUGGCAAAGCCAAGAAACCUCUGCAGGGAUUUGAGAGUAGUUGGUCUGGGCCAGUCCUUGAUAGCCGAAAGUUUAGCAGGAUCCACCUCAAAACCUGAUUCAGAAAUGAUAUACCCCAAAAAGGGAAUGGAACUCUGAUGAAAAGAGCAUUUCUCCAAUUUAGCGAACAGGGAAUUGUCUUGUAACCUCUGAAGUACCAGUCUUACAUGAUGUACAUGUUCCUGUAAUGUUUUCGAAUAGAUCAGAAUGUCAUCGAGAUAAAUGAUAACAAAUUGAUUUAGAUAAUCUCUUAAGAUUUCGUUAACAAAGUGCUGAAAUACUGCUGGUGAAUUGCACAAUCCGAAUGGCAUUACUAGAUACUCGUAGUGACCAAAUCUAUUGUUAAAUGCCGUCUUCCAUUUGUCUCCUUUACGGAUUCUGACCAAAUUGUAGGCCCCACGGAGAUCUAACUUGGAAAAAAUAGAAGCACCUUGAAGACGAUUAAAUAACUCAGAAAUGAGCGGCAGAGGAUAGCUGUUUUUGACAGUAAUCUGAUUCAAGGCCCGAUAAUCAAUACAGGGACGAAGACCUCCAUCUUUUUUCCCAAUGAAGAAAAAACCCGCACCCACAGGUGAUGAGGAAGGACGAAUAAAUCCUCUGGCUAAGUUGUCCUUUAUGUAUUCCUCAAGAGAGACAUUUUCUUGACGAGAGAGGGGAUAGGUCCUUCCCUUAGGUAGAGGAGCCACUGAAUACAAUUCGAUAGGACAGUCAAAUAUCCGGUGUGGAGGUAACGUCUCAGCCUCCUUUUUAGAUAACACAUCACUAAAGGCAUGAUAGUAAUUAGGCAAUAAAUCAGGAACUUCCACCAUAGCUGCGACAGGACAAGGUGGUUUAGAGGGAUUUUGCAGGCAAUGUUUGAAACAGGAAGUUCCCCAGGAAAUAAGUUCUCCUUUAGACCAUGAGAAAACUGGAUCAUGAAGCUGCAACCAAGGUAACCCCAGAAUCAAUGGUAUGUGGGGAGAAGAGAUGACAUCAAAACGAAUAAUUUCAGAAUGGAGUAUGCCCACAGACAAAAGAAGAGUAAUGGUAGAAUGUUGUAUGAUACCAGAACCUAGAGGCUGUCCACUAACAGUAGUUACCUUAAUUAACUGUUUCUUGGCUUUAAGAGGAAUCCUGAGAGAGUCAGCAAAGUUUGAAUCAAUGAAAAUUCCAGCAGCUCCAGAGUCGAUGAGAGCUUGAAACUUGGUGUUUCCAAAAGUGAUAGUCACAGGAACAAAAAGUUUAGAAUUGAGGGAAGACAUGGGAUUCUGGCUUAACUCUGUCCCUCUAUCAAAAGUUAAGCCUUGGCUUUUACUGGCCGGAUAGGAAAUGUCCUUUGGCACCACAAUAGAGACAUAAUCCAAGAGUACGCCUUCUAUGGCGUUCAGCUUCUGACAAUUUAAUAGCUCCUACUUCCAUGGGUUCCACAGACUCAGGAGAUUGGGAAUUAUUAUUAGAAAGACUUGAGGUUCGAAUAGGAGGACGAAAAGAAGAUUUAACAAAGGAUCUCCGAUUCCUAUCUCUCUCCUGAAGACGUUCUGAAUGCCGGGCGUCAAGAGUAAUAAACAAAUUGAUAAGACCCUCCAAUGAAUCGGGGAGUUCCCAAAAUACAAGUUCAUCCUUAAGGCGUUCGCAAAGUCCUUUGCGAAAGGCUGCCCAUAAGGCUCCAUGGUUCCAAUCAGUUUCUGCGGCUAAAGUCCUGAAUUCAAUAGCAUAUUGAGCUACCGAAAGGGAUCCCUGUCUCAGAUCCAACAAUCCUGCCUCUGCAGCUGCAGACCUCCCAGGCUUGUCAAAAACAGAAGAAAAAAUGGACACAAAUAAUUCCACAUCCUGUAGUAAAGGAUCAUUCUUCUCUAAAAGAGGAGACACCCAGGCUAGAGCCUUACCCUUCAUGAGGGAUAUAAUAAAGGUGAUUUUGGAAGUAGAAUUGAAAAAAACUUGAGGAUUGUUUCUGAAGUGUAAACGACAUUGAUUAAGGAAUCCACGGCAUUCUUAGGGAUUACCGUCAUAUUUAUCAGGAAGUGGGAUUCAUGGCAUAUACUGUCCAACAGGUUGAGGUGGAUUCAAGCAUUGGAGCUAGUAGCAGCUGCAGCAGGAGUCACCGUAGCUUGAGAAGGAGCGGAGAGGUUAUGUAGCAGAGCAGUAAUCUGGUCAAGCUUGGAAUUCAAAGUUUGCAAAUGAGCAGAAUGAUUUCCCAGAAGUAGCCCUUGUAGAGCCACAGCCCUGGAUAACUCAUCAGGGUCCAUAUUAUGGCCCGUUUGUACUGUCAGGUUAUGAAAUGUCCAGAAGAAGACCCAAAUGCUAGGGCGAACUUAAACAACCCCCUUGCACUCUGAGUUUAAUCCAGGACGUGACCCCACGACAACCUCCAAAAAACAAUGUACUCACAAUAUGCAGCAGGGUUAGCCUGUGUCCAAAGUAAUUCAAGAUAACAGCCAGAUAGACUUCUGAAUAAGGAACUGGUUUCAGGAAAUGUCUUCCACAGAAUCAGGAGAGCAGGGAUAGUCCACUUAUACUCAGACAGGAGAAGGGUAAAACAAGAAACAGUUAAUAAUGCAGGAAUAGGUAAUUUGUUAUCAGGCAGUUUGAGGGUUAACACUGUGUAGUCAGUCCUUGCAGAGUUUGCAACAGGUUAUCAGGCAGUUUGAGGGUUAACACUGAAUUGUCAGUCCUUGCAGAGUUUGCAACAGUUUAUCAGGCAGUUUGAGGGUUAACACUGAAUAGUCAGAACUUGCAGAGUUUGCAACAGGUUAUCAGGCAGUUUGAGGGUUAACACAGAUUAAUCAGUACUUGCUGAGUUUGGCAGUAGGUUAAAAUGCAGUUUGAGAGUUUCGCAGAAUAAACAGCAUUUGCAGAGUUUGGCAGCAGGUUAAAAAUGCAGUUUGAGAGUUUCACAGAAUAAACAGUACCUGCAGUGUUUGGCAACAAGAUAUCAAGCAGUUUGAAGGUUUACACUGAAUAAACAGUAUUUGCAGAGUUUGGCAGCAGGUUAACAUGCAGUUAGAGAGUUUCACAGAAUAAACAGUACUUGUAUUGUUUGGAAACAGGUAAUCAGGAAGUUUGAAGGUUAACCCAGCAUAGUCAGUCCUUGAAGAGAUUGGCAACAGAAAAUCAGCAGUUAGAGAGUUUCCACAGCAAAUUCCUCACAGAAGCCACAAAGAGGAACAAACAAACGGCACUGAAGAAACAGGAAGCCCGGAAUAAAAAGCCUGGUCGUGACAUCAUCAGGAAGGGGCGGCUCAGACUACCUGUCAAUCAAGCACACAGAGAGGACUGCCAGAGCUUCCCAGCGGCCGAACGUGACAGCCCACUCUGACGCUUCGGAGGAGGCUCCUUCUGGGUCUGAAUCCGUGUCAUCUAAACCUCCGGCUGCGGAGGAACCUGGCUAUAGGUUUAAGAUAAAGAAUUUGCGCUUUUUGCUGAAGCAAGUGCUUGCUACUCUGGAGGUUCCGGACCCAAAGUUUCUGGAAGAUCCUUCUAUUCCUAUGCUAGAUAAGGUUUAUGAGGACAGGGUGGUGCCCCAGACCUUCCCGGUUGCUGUAAAGAUGGCAAACAUUAUCAAGAAUGAAUGGGAGUGAUUAGGUUCUUCCUUUUCCCCUUCUUCUUCCUUUAAAAAACUGUUCCCUUUCCGGACACUCAGCUUGAGCUGUGGGGUACCAUUCCCAAGGUGGAUGGUGCUAUCUCCACGCUCGCGAAGCGGACAGCUAUUCCCCUAGAGGAUAGUUCGUUGUUUAAGUAGCCCAUGGAUAAAAAAUUGGAAAACAUGUUAUGAAAGAUGUUUCUUCACACGGGGGUUCGUUUUUCAACCAGUGGCUGUAGCCGCGGUUGCCAGAGCUGCAUCAUAUUGGUGUGAAUCCCUGUUUGAGAUUAUCGAGGGUGAACCUUCUCUCAAUGAGGUACAGGAAAAGAUUAAGGCGCUGAAGGUUGCCAAUUCUUUCAUCUAAGGUGUCAGGUUGUGGCUAAAGUCUUGUUCUGUGGACAUGACCUCUAAGUUGCGGUUGUUGUCCCUUCAUUUUCAAGGUAAGAUCCUGUUCAGUCCAGGCCUGGAUUCGAUCAUAUCCACGGUUACGGGAGGCAAGGGAGACUUCCUGCCGCAGGAUAAAAAGGUUAAUCCUAAGGGAUCUACUUUUUGUCCCCUUCGUGCAGACGAGGCCCAGUGCCAGCAGCCCGCCUCUAAAGUGGACCAGUCCAAGGGAUCUUGAAAACCAGCUCAGGCUUAGAACAAGUCCAAGCAGAACAAGAAGCCUGCAGAGACAAAAUCAGCAUGAAGGGGCGGCUCCCGACACGUCUCCGGACCAAGUAGGGGACAGAUUGUCUCUAUUCUUCAACGCCUGGUUGCAGGACAUCCAGGCCCCUUGGGUUCUGGAGGUGGUCACCCAGGGUUACAGGAAAGGGUUCAAGUCCCUUCCACCCAGGGGCAGAUUCCUCUUGUCAAACCUGUCUUCAAGGCCUGUCUUCACAUUCUAGAAUGUGUGAGGAAUCUCUCCUCUCUAGGUGUUAUUGUACCAGUACCACGAGCAGAAAGGGGUGAAAUCGGUUUGUGGUUCCAAAGAAGGAGGGCACGUUCUGCCCGAUUCUGGACUUAAAAUGUUUAAACUAAUUUCUGGCUGUUCCAUCGUUCAAAAUGGAAACAAUCAGAUCCAUUUUGCUUCUAGUUCAAGAGGGGCAGUUCAUGACCACAAUAGACUUGAAGGAUGCCUACCUUCAUGUUCCAAUUCACAGGGACCACUUCAAGUUCCUCAGAUUUGCGUUUCUGGACCAGCACUUCCAGUUUGUGGCUCUUCCCUUUGGUCUGGUAACGGCUCUGAGAGUCUUCACGAAGGUUCUGGGGGCCCAGCUUGUAGUGGCCAGACCCAGGGGCAUUGCUGUGGCACCCUACCUGGACAACAUCCUUGUUCAGGUGCUGUCCUUCAGCCUUGCAGAGGACCAUUCAGAUUUUUCUCACAGAUCAAAGACGCAGGAAAAUUGCGUCCACCUGUCUUGCCCUUCAGUCCUCCGAGAGCUCCUCAGUGGCCCAUUGUAUGGAGGUAAUUGGGCUCAUGGUUUCCAGCAUAGAUGGCAUUCCAUUCGCCAGGUUCCAUCUCAGACCUAUUCAAUUGUGCAUGGUGAGUCAGUGGAACGGCAAUCAUUCAGAUCUAUCACAGCUGAUAUCCAUGGAUGCACGGACUCAGAUCUCCCUUUCUUGGUUUCCGGAGCAACUGUCCAUGGGGACAUCCUUCUUGAGACCAACCUGGGUGAUUGUGACCACGAACGCGAGUCUGGCGGGAUGGGGAGCUGCCAGGAUGGCACAAGGAAUAUGGUCUCUGGAGAAGUCUCUCCUUCCGAUAAAUAAGAACUGUGAGUGAUCUACAAUGCUCUAAAGGCAUGGCCCCCUCUGGUGUCAUUCAACUUCAUAAGGUUUCAGAUGGACAACAUUACAUCAGUGGCUUACCAUCAGGGGGGUACGAGGAGCUCCCUAGCAAUGAGGGAGGUGUCUCAGAUUCUGGAGUGGGCGGAGUCCCACAGCUGUUCACUCUCAGUGAUCCACAUUCCUGGUGUGGACAACUGGGAGGCAGACUUUUUCAGCAGACAAAACUUUUAUCCGGGGGAAUGGUCUCUUUACCCCGAAGUGUUUGCAGAGAUUUGUCUCAGAUGGGGACACCAGAGAUCAAUCUCAUGGCAUCCAGACUUAAUUGCAAACUACCCUGAUACGGAUCAAGGUUGAGGGACCCUCAGGCAGAGCUGAUAGAUGCAUUAGCGGUGCCUUGGGGGUUCAGCCUAGUUUUCCUUCAUUACCACUUCUACCUCGUAUAGUGGCACGUAUAAAACAGGAGAGAGGGUCGACCAUUCUGAUUGCUCCUUCGUGGCCAUGGAGGACGUGGUUUGCGGAUCUGGUGGGAUCUCAUCCUCUCCGACGUGGAGGUUACCCAGUCACAGGGAUCUGUUGGAACAGGGUCCCUUUCAACAUCAAAAUCUCGAUUCUCUGUGGUUGACUGUGUGACAUUAAACGCUUAGUCUUAGCCAAGAGAGGGUUUUCUGAAAGUGUGAUUGAUACUCUAGUUCAGGCAAGGAAGCCAGUCACUCGGCUCAUCUACUAUAAGGUGUGGAGAACUUACUUGUCCUGGUGUGAGAGACAUGGAUAUCCUUGGCACAAGGUGAAAGUGUCCAGGAUUCUAUCUUUUCUACAAAAUGGUUUGGAGAAGGGACUUGCCACUAGUUCCUUAAAGGGACAGAUUUCGGCCUUAACAUUUCUAUUGCAUAGGAGACUUGCUGAGCUCCCUGACAUUCAAUCUUUUGUUCAGGCUCUGUCUAGAAUCAGGCCUGUCUUUAGGCAGUCUGCUCCUCCUUGGAGCUUAAACUUGGUCCUUAAAGUUUUGCAGAAGGCUCCUUUUGAGCCUAUGCAUUCUCUUGACCUUAAGAUUAUAUCCUGGAAGGUUCUCUUCCUGUUGGCUAUUGCAUCGGCACACAGAGUUUCCAAACUGGCUGCCUUGCAUCAUGAGCCUCCUUAUUUGUUUUUCAUGCCGAUAAGGCUGUUCUUCGCAUGGGCUUGGGGUUUCUUCCCAAGGUGGUGUCUAACCGUAACAUCAAUCAGGAAAUAGUAUUUCCUUCUUUGUGUCCUAACCCUUCUUCUUCUAAGGAAAGUUUACUUCAUAAUCUGGAUGUGGUUCGUGCCUUGAAGGUCUAUCUUCAAGCUACAAAGGAUUUCAGACAAUCUACGUCUCUGUUUGUGGUGUAUUCAGGGAAGCGCAGGGGACAGAGGGUUUCUGCUACUUCAUUGUCUUUUUGGCUGAGGAGCUUGAUCCGUCUGGCUUAUGAGACAGUGGGACACAGGCUUCCUCAAAAGAUCACGGCUCAUUCAACUAGAGCGGUGGCUUCGUCUUGGGCCUUCAAGAAUGAGGUCUCUAUGUAGCAGAUUUGUAAGGCGGCUACUUGGUCUUCCUUACAUACUUUUACAUAGUUUUACUAAUUUGACGUCUUUGCUUCUGCAGAAGCUGUUUUUGGGAGGAAGGUUCUGCAGGCUGUGGUGCCCUCAGAUUAGGGGUCCGCCUUUUACCCUCCUGGUUUCAUUAAGUGUCCUCUAAAGCUUGGGUUCCCAAUAGUAAUGAAUGAAGCCGUGGUCUCUCCUCCCCUUUAGAUGGAAAACAUAAAUUAUGCGUACCUGAUAAUUUUAUUUCCAUCGUGGGGAGGAGAGUCCACGGCUCCCGUCCAUAUCUCCAGUGGAUGGACCAAAAUUUAAUUUUUCUUCUCCUGGCACAAUUUAUACCUGAUAUUUCUCCUACUGUUCCUUGUUCCCUCGGCAGAAUGACUGGGGGAUGAGGGGAGUCUGGGAGGUUUUUAAGCCUUUGGCUGGGGAGUCUUUGCCUCCUCCUGGUGGACAGGUUCUUAAUUCCCAAUAGUAAUGAAUGAAGCCAUGGACUCUCCUCCCCACAAUGGAAAUAAAAUUAUCUGGUAAGCAUAAUUUAUGUUUUUGGAUUUGCAGUCCCUGCAACUAAUAAGCUAUUUUAAUAUUUUAUUCUAAUAAUAUGUGUCCAAAUAGUGAUAAUUCUGAAUUGUUAUUUGCUUUUUAUUUUUCAAUAAUCUUAGCAGUUAAAUGAUUCUUGCAUCUUACAAGAUCAGAAGCACACAUUUUACAAAUUGGUUAUGCCAGCAUUUAAUCAUAGAUUGCAAAAACAUGAUGUAAUAAAUACAUUUUUUACAAACACUAUCCUACUGCUGGCAGCUGCAUUGGAGUACAAUGAUUUAAUUAAAGGAAUAGUCUAGUCAAAAUUAAACUUUCAUGAUUCAGAUAGAGCAUGCAGUUUUAAGCAACUAUCGGAUUUACUCCUAUUAUCAAUUUCUCUUUGUUCUCUUGCUAUCUUUAUUUGAAAAAGCAAGAAUGUAAGCAUAGGAGACGGCCUAUUUUUUGUUCAGCACCUGGGUAGUGCAUUAUGAUUUGUGUAUAACUGUAGCCACCAAUCAGCAAGCGCUAUGCAGGUGCUGAACAAAAAAUGGUCCGGCUCUUAUGCUUACAUUCAAAUAAAGAUUAGCAAAAGAACAAAGAAAAUUAAUAAUAGGAUUAAAUUAAAAAGAUGCUUAAAAUUGAAUGCUCUAUCAGAAUUAUGAAAGUUUAAUUUUGACUAGACUGUCCAUUUAAGCUAACAUUUUAUUGUUAUUUAGUUCAGAAUUGGUAUAUAGCCCUUUUAUAAAGUAAGAUAUAAUUAGAAAGUACAUUAUCAGUAAAUUUUAUUCUGUGUAAAUCAUUUUAAUUCAGAUCUUUUUUUUUCAGUUAUAUACAAAAUCACAAUACAAACUGAGGACUGUGUAUUCUUAUUCUUCACUUCCCAUAAAGUUUUCUUACACUACUAAUUUCUAUUUUAAAGAGUCCACCUUCCUUUAUAUAAAGAGUGUGAUAUGAUCUAGGAACAGUUAAUUUGAUGAAUGAUAGUUUUUUAUUAUUUAUAAUAUAUUCAUUGUAAAACAUGUUCGCCUAGAUUACGAGUCUUGCGUUAGCCUUAAAAAGCAGCGUUGAGAGGUCCCAAUGCUGCUUUUUAACGCCCGCUGGUAUUACGAGUCUUGCAGGUACAGGUGUACCGCUCACUUUUUUGGCCAGACUCGAAAAUACCGCAAAUCCACUUUACGUCUAGGGAUGCACCGAAAUGAAAAUUCUGGACCGAAACCGAAAAUUCAGGAUGCCCUUGGCCGAAAACCGAAACCGAAAAUGACCUUUUUCCCAAAUGAUUUUAAAAUAGGUUUUUUUCUAUAAUUGUAUUAAUAAUAUUAGACUUUUUAAUGAAUUUAAUUACUCUAAAAUUAAAAACUACAAGCCAUUAAAAUAAAUAACCACACUUUUAUUGAAAGUAACUCACCAAAAUUAGACAGAAAAUAAACUUAAUAAACCAAUAUAAAUAAAAAGCUGUUAAAUCUGUUUCCAUUAUAUAGGACUGAAUGAAGAAUAAUUGUUGAUAUUAAAUAGUGCUCCAGAAAUGGGUUGGCUUCUAAGCUUACAUUCCAACUUUUUAAAAUAAAGAUACCAAGAGAACUAAGAAAAAAUUAAUAGAAGUAAAUUAGAAAGUUGUUUAAAAACACAUGCUCCAGCUAAAUUAUGAAAGAAAAAUUUUGGGUUACCUAUCCCUUUAAACAAAUCUCUGUAUAAGACUCUUCUAAGUUUGCUAUUGAUAUUUGUUUGUUGGAAGCUCAUCUUUUACUGACAGUUCUCUGUAUAAGGCUCUUCAGUUGCUAGCACCUCUCUGUAUAAAGCUCUCCUGUUACUAAACAUCUCUCUUUAUAAGGCUCUUGUUACUAGCACCUUUCUGUAUAAACCUCUUCUGUUACCAACAUCUCUCUGUAUAAGGUUCUUGUUACUAACAGCUCUCUGUAUAAACCUCUUCUGUUACUGACAUCUCUCUGUAUAAGACUUCUGUUACUGACAUCUCUCUGUAUAAGACUUCUGUUACUGACAUCUCUCUGUAUAAGACUUCUGUUACUGACAUCUCUCUGUAUAAGAUUCACCUCUUUUUCCGCCGAAAAUUUCGGUUGCCGAAAUUUCGGUGCAUCCCUAUACUAAAUCAAUUGAAAAAGAAGCAGACUAACUAAAAGGCUGACUAGAAAAUAUCACAUGGACAUCUAUAUUUUAAAAAUAAAGAUAUUUUACAUCAAAAUUCCUUCCGCUCACAACAGACUUCUGUUACUGACAUCUCUCUGUAUAAGGUACAUCUGUUACUGACAGUACUUUGUAUAAGGCUCUUCUGAUACUGGCUGCUCUCUGUUUAAAGCACUUAUGUUACUGUCUUCUCUCUGUAUAAAACACUUGUGUAAAUUACAACUCUCUGUAUAAUCCUCUUUGAAUGACAGCUCUCUGUAUAAUGCACUGGUGCUUAUUACAGCUCUCUCUAUUAAUAGGGUACCUUAGUGCUUUAUACAGAGAGAUGUGAUUCACAGAAGUGCCUUAUACAGAGAGCAGCCAAUAAGUACCUUUAUAUAGAGAGAAUCCAGUAACAGAAGUUCAUUAUACAGGGAGCAGACAGUAACAGAAGACCCUCAUACAACAAAGUGGUGUCAGUAACAGAUGUGCCUUAUACAAAGAGCUUUUAGUAAUGUAAGAUCAUUAUACAGAGAGAUGUUAUUAGUAAUAGAAGUGCAUUAUUCAGAGAGCUAUCAGUCACAUGAGUGCCCUAUAUAAAAGAGAGAGCUGUAAUAAGCAGCAGUGCAUUAUACAGAGAGCUGUCAUUCAUAGAAGAGGCUUAUACAGAGCUGUAAUUUACAGAAGUGUUUUAUAGAGAGAAGACAGUAACAUAAGUGCUUUAUACAGAGAGUUGUCAUUCACAUAUGUGAAUGAGAGCUCCCUGUUUAAGGCACUUAUGUAAAUGACAGUUCUAAUAGUUUAACAUUUGCUAAAUACUUGUGCUCUAUAACAAAACAUAAAAAAUAGUGGAUCCUUAAAAGCAGCAUUAGUAAUAUCUUUUAACUUCAGUUCCCAUAUCAGCUGACUAAAAUUAAAUCAGGAAGGUGUUCCACAUAUGUUAUUAUCCUGCCUAUGGGACUUAAUUGAAGACUACAGAGUAUUGCUGUUUUUGCUGCCUAAGGGUUAACUACUGCUGCUAAAAAGGGAUUGGAUUUAAAAGUUGCCAAUCACUCCUAAAUAGUUACAGUGAGCGAAAAAAACGAGUGGAGAAUAAAUACAAAGAUGGUACAUGUGCUUCGCUAAAAGUACUAAACACUACCAGUAUCUACACAUAAACACAGACAGGGAAUAAAUAUGCUCUGUCUGCGCUCAAGCACAAAUGAAUAAAUAGCAGGGACUAUCUAUCAUACCAUCUCCAGAGCAGUUUUCUUUUCUCCUCCUGCAGCCAUGCUGUCUCAAAAUAGUCUCAAAAGCUAACGCUAGUCUGCAAGUUACAAACACGCACCACAAGACUUCAGGGGAUCUGUAGUUUCAUUGAUAAUUUCUACAGUCACAUGAGUAUGUUUGUGUAUGGAACAUGAGAGAUUAUAAAUAUGAUACUGUACUUUGCGAUCUCGCACUUAUAUUAAGCCAGCCUUGCUAAUAUGACUCAUUCACAUGACCUGCAAUGUACAUCGAAAAAUGUUUUGCAGAUCAGGGUUCCGCUCAUAUGUAUUAAAUAACAUCUCCUGCCAUAUUAGUAAGGAGGAAGAGGGUUAACCUGCUGUUAGUGUGGAGGAAGAGUUGCUCCGGUUCAGCAGUUCAGCUCACUUAGAGACAACGAAGGUUUGAUUUAUAGCUUUGUAGUGCCUGGAAAUAGAGGGGGGGUUGCUCCGUUUUAGGCUGCUGUAAAUCAAACCUUCCUUGUCUCUAACAGAGCUGAACCUGCACCGGAGCAACUCUUCCUCCUCACUAAGGUCAGCAGCACUAAAUCAACAAAAUACCGGAGCCUUUCAGGAAGUGCACGCACUGCAGAUUCUUCAGAUACCGCUCUAGAUAGGAAGGGAGGGAGGAGGCUGUGCUGUUCAUGCGUGAGUGGCAUUGUGGGAAAUGUAGUUUACUAACCUAAUGGCCUAGAAAGCCUCUAGCUGCACCGGUCUAAAUUUAGGUGUGGAUGGAUGCGGUUAGCGGCGGCCAGCAAGUGUAAGUGUGGCACAAAUGUAACAUGCAAUUUUCGGCCAGCUUGUCUCUCUUUCGGCCGAAAUAGGAUAGGCCCAUUUUCGGCCGAAAAUUUCGGUUGCCGAAAUUUCGGUGCAUCCCUACUUACGUCAAUUGCGUAUCCUAAUUUUUCAAUGGGAUUUCCCUGACACCGGUAUUACGAGUCUUCCUAAAAGUGAGCGGUACACCCUCUCCUGUCAAGACUCCUACCGCAUUUGAAAGUCAGUAGUUAAGAGUUUUAUGGGCUAACUCAGUAGUAUAAAACUCUUAACUAAAGUGCUAAAAAGUACACUAACACCAAUAAUCUACCUAUUAACCCCUAAACCGAACCCCCCCCACAUCGCAAACAGUUAAAUAAAAUUUGUAACCCCUAUUCUGCCGAACCGGACAUCGCCGCCACUUUAAUAAAUGUAUUAACCCCUAAACCGCUGCACUCCCGCCUUGCAAACACUAGUUAAAUAUUAUUAACCUGCCACCCCCAACGUCGCCGUAUCUAGGUUAUUGGCAUUCACUACCUCCUUUGGUAAUGAGUUCCACACGUUUAUUGCUCUUACAGUGAAAAAAUGUUUCCGUUGCAGGAGAUUAAAUCUCCUUUCCUCCAACCUUAAAUUGUGACUUCUGGUCACAAACAAUUUUCUUGGAAUAAACAGAGCUUCUGCCAUCUCUGUAUAUGGGCCAUGAAUAUAUUUAUAUAAAGUAAUCAUGUCACCUCUUAAGCGCCUUUUUUCUAAAGAAAACAAACCCAGUUUGGCUAGCCUCUCCUCAUAGGUUAAAUUCUCCAAUCCCCUUAUUAGCUUUGUGGCCCUUCUCUGGACUUUUUCUAGUUCUGCAAUAUCUUUUUUUGCGUUUGGUCCCCAGAACUGCACUCCAUACUCAAGGUGAGGUCUUACCAGGGCUUUAUAUAGUGACAGAAUUAUGCUUUCCUCACUUGAGUCAAUGCCUCUUUUAAUACAUGCUAGUAUCUUAUUAGCCUUUGAAGCUGCUGCCCUGCAUUGUGCACCCAUCUUUAGCUUGUUAUCUAUUACUACCCCCAAAUCCCUUUCCUCCUGUGUUUGGCUAAGUCUUGUCCCAUUUAAAUAAUACGUUGCCUGCUUAUUUUUACUUCCAAAAUGUAGAACCUUGCAUUUUCCCGUAUUAAAUCUCAUUUUCCAUUUACCUGCCCAUACGUCAAAUUUUUGCAGGUCCCUUUGUAACAAAAGUUCAUCCUGCUCUGACCUAAUAACCUUACUUAACUUAGUAUCAUCUGCAAAAAUAGAGAUGUCGCUAUUUAAUCCUAGCUCCAAGUCAUUUAUAAAAAUAUUAAAAAGAAUAGGGCCUAGCACUGAUCCCUGGGGUACUCCACUGAUUACCUUUGUCCAAUCUGAGUAUGAUCCAUUUACUACUACUCGUUGCUCCCUAUCUUUUAUCCAGUUAUUUAUCCACAAACUAACAUUUUCAGAUAUUCCCAGUCUCCUAAUUUUGUGCAUUAAAGGGACAGUUUACUCAAAACAUUUCUCCCCUUUAAUUUGUUCCCAAUGAUCCACUUUACCUGCUGGAGUGUAUUAAAUUGUUUACAAGUAGCUCCUUUACCCUUAUAUUGGCAUUUGAAAUAGUUGAUUUAGCAUGUGGUAUCCCCACCUAUUCUGAAAGUUUGUGGCCGCGCGUACCAGCUAUAGAUAAGCUUUGUAAACACAGCCAGCAGAAGAAAUUACACUCCCAGUGCGAUAUAGCAGAGAUAAGGUAAUACAAUGUUGAUUUUCCAUUGUUCUCUCAAAGUACUGGUGAUUGUUUUAAGGACAGAUAUAAGAUAAAGAAGCAGGUAUAUUUGCACAAUGUGAUACAGUAAUAAGAUCGGAUUAUACCUACAAGCUCAACCCAUUUUAUUAGGUUGUGGCUUCAAAACAAAAAAAUCAGAGCUUUAAUAUACACAAAUAAGCCUUAAAAGGCUAAUUUUCAUACAUUAUUUACUCUGCAGUUGGCAAAAAAAGCAAUUGUAAAACAUUAAGGGUAAAACUAUUUUACAGUAUACUGUCCCUUUAAUCUCUCAUGUGGCACUGUAUCAAACGCCUUUGCAAAAUCUAAGUAUAUCACAUCAACUGAUUCCCCUUUAUCUAUAUUUUUACUCACUUCCUCAUAGAAUCUAAUUAGAUUAGUUUGACAUGAUCUAUUUCUCCUAAAACCAUGUUGAUUAGAACUCAUAAUCUUGUUUACACGAAUAUGCUCAUCAAUAUAAUCCCUUAUAAUCCCUUCAAAUAUCUUCCCCACUAUUGAUGUCAGACUAACUAGUCUAUAGCUUCCUGGAUCAUCCCUACUUCCCUUUUUGAAGAGUGGCACCACAUCAGCUUUACGCCAAUCCUUGGGUACCAUGCCUGAGGAUAAUGAGUCUUGAAAAAUUAAGAGUAGAGGUUUGUCUAUAACAGUGCUAAGUUCCCUUAACACCCUUGGGUGUAUUCCAUCUGGGCCUGGAGUUUUAUUUACCUUAAAGGGCCAUUAUGCACUCAUUUUUUCUUUGCAUAAAUGUGUUGUAGAUGAUCUAUUUAUAAAGCCCAUAAAGUUUUUUCUUUUAAAAAAAAAAAAAUGUAUAAUUUUGCUUAUUUUUAAAUAACAUUGCUCUGAUUUUCAGACUCCUAACCAAGCCCCAAAGUUUUAUUUGAAUACCGUCAGCUACCUUCUCCAGCUUGCUCCUGUUUGUGUAAAGGGACUUUACAUAUGCAAAAGAAGGGGGAGGGGGAGUGUCUUAUUUCCCACUUGCAGUGGGCUUUACUACUGCCUUUUCAACAGAGCUAAUCUGAAAGCUUCUAAGUACGUUUUUAAACCAUUUUAUACUGGAUUUUUAUAUCAGUAUCUGUGCAUCUUAUUCUUUAUAGUAGUGUCUAUUACAUGCAGUUAUAUGAAAAUGAGUGUAUACUGUCCCUUUAAUAUUAUCCAAUUUGUUUCUGAUAUCCUCUAUACAUAAACCAAUUAAUGGUAUGGGCUGGCAUGUUCUAUUUUGUUCCAAAGUAUCAUCCAAUGGUUCCUCUCUUGUGUAUACUGAAGAAAAAAACUGGUUUAGUAUCUCAGCCUUCUCCCUGUCACUGUUAAUCAUGCUACCCUCCCCGCAUUUUAAUGUACCUAUAUUGUCUUUCUUAGAUUUUUUGCUAUUUAUGUACUUAAAGAACCUUUUAGGGUUAGAUUUAGAAUCCUUUGCAAUUCAUUUUUCAUUUUCAAUUUUGGCUAAUUUGAUUGCUUUUUUUGCAUGAUUUGUUAUAUUCUUUAUAAAUAUGGAAUUUUGAGUCUGUAAUAUUUUCUUUGAAUAAUUUAAAUGCCCUACGUUUUUUCCUAAUUUCUCUUAACACAUUUAUAUUCAGCCACAUUGGCUUGGAUUUUUUAUUUUUAUAACCAUAUGGUAUUUGUUAAUAUGUAUAUUUAUUUAACAAAGUUUUAAAUGUUAUCCAUUUAUCCUCUGUAUUUUUAUUAGAGAAUACUUUGUCCCAAUUUAUAUUAUUUAAUGAUUUCCUUAAAUCGUUGAAUUUUGCUUAUAAUUAAACGUCUUGGUUAAACCUUUAAGACACUGCUUAUGAAAAGAAAUUUCAAAUGUGACCAUGUUAUGAUCACUGUUACCCAAAUGUUCUUUGACUUCUAUGUUUGAUAUUAUAUCUGUAUUAUUUGAUAGCACUAAAUCCAAUAUAGCUUUACUCCUAGUUGGCUCCUCUAUUAAUUGUGAGAAGAAGUUAUCCCUGAGAACAUUUAUAAAUCUAUCCCCCUUAGCUGAAUUACUAUUUUCAUUGGCCCAGUUUAUAUCAGGGUAGUUAAAAUCUCCCAUAAUUACAGCACUGUUAUUAGCAGCCUUACCUAUUUGUAUUAGUAGUUGAGUUUCAUCCAAGUCACUAAUGUUGGGGGGCUUGUAGCAUGUUCCUAUUAAUAUUUUUUUAGGAUUUGUCCCCCCACUCUUUAUUUCCACCCACAGGAUCUCUACAUUGUCGCCUGUAUCACAAAUAUCUUCCCUUAUUGUAGGUUUAAGGUUAGGUUUAAUAUACAUGCAGAUUCAUCCACCCCUUUUCUUAUUUCUGUCCCUCCUAAAUAAAGUAUACCCCUCUAAGUUAACUGCCCAGUUAUGUGAAUCAUCCCACCAAGUUUCAGUUAUACUGAUAACAGCAUAGUCCUCUUCUGCAACUAAGAGCGUCAGCUCCCCCAUUUUACCUGUCAUGCUUCUUGCAUUUGUUGACAUAUAUUUAAUUUUCAUGUGCUUUCUGCUGAUACUUGGUGUGCUUUCCUCCAUACUUUAUAAUGUGAUACUUCUUAAGUCAUCUCUUCCUUGAGAUAUUAAAGGACUAACAGAUUCACA